AUGUCCGUCCGCGGCAGCCUCUGGCGUCUGCGGGCGCCGGUGCAUCUGGUCCUGAAAAGGUCCGUCCACUCCGUGGCCGUGGUCGGAGCGCCGUUCUCCCGGGGGCAGAAAAGAAAAGGAGUGGAAUAUGGCCCUGCUGCUAUCAGAGAAGCUGGCUUGAUGAAAAGGCUCUCCAACUUGGGCUGCCACCUAAAGGACUUUGGAGAUUUGAGUUUCACUCCAGUCCCCAAGGAUGAUCUGUACAACAACCUGAUAGCAAAUCCUCGCUCGGUGGGCCUCGCCAACCAGGAACUGGCUGAGGUAGUUAGUAGAGCAGUAUCAGGUGGCUACAGCUGUGUCACAGUGGGAGGAGACCACAGCUUGGCAAUUGGUACCAUUAGUGGCCAUGCCCGACACUGCCCAGACCUUUGUGUGAUCUGGGUUGAUGCCCAUGCUGACAUUAAUACACCCCUCACCACUUCAUCUGGAUGUCUCCAUGGACAGCCCGUUUCCUUUCUCCUCCGAGAACUACAGGACAAGGUGCCACAGCUCCCAGGAUUUUCCUGGAUCAAACCUUGCAUCUCUUCCCCAAGUAUUGUGUAUAUUGGUCUAAGAGAUGUGGACCCUCCUGAACAUUUUAUUUUAAAGAAUUAUGAUAUCCAGUAUUUUUCCAUGAGAGACAUAGAUAGACUUGGUAUCCAGAAAGUCAUGGAACAGACAUUCGAUCUGCUGAUUGGCAAAAGACAAAGGCCAAUCCAUCUGAGCUUUGAUAUUGAUGCAUUUGACCCUACACUGGCUCCAGCCACAGGAACUCCUGUUAUGGGGGGACUGACCUAUCGAGAAGGCAUGUAUAUUACUGAGGAAAUACACAACACAGGGUUGCUGUCAGCACUGGAUCUUGUUGAAGUUAAUCCCGAAUUAGCUGCUUCAGAUGAAGAAGCCAAGGCUACAGCUGGCCUGGCAGUGGAUGUGAUUGCUUCAAGUUUUGGUCAGACAAGGGAAGGAGGGCACAAUGUCUAUGACCAACUUCCUACUCCCAGUUCACCACAUGAAUCAGAAAAUGAAGAACGUGUGAGAAUUUAG